AUGUCGUCACACGCGAUCUUCGUCGUCUGCGCCAAAAAGAACAAGGCACAAUCAUCGUUCACCCAACCGACGAACCCGACCGCCGGCACGCCUACGGUUCGUCAAAUACAGAAUCUUGACUGCAAAUUCCCGUUCUUUCCAGUCGAACGUUCCGAAUGGAGCGAUGCCACCUGCCUCUCCCGCGGCGGCUUCUCAAACGACAUCGAAAGUCGAACGGGACGACCGAGAUUCCACAAGAACAAAAGCUGGAAACAAGAAUAAAGUGAGGAGCAAAGAGUCCGAUUCCACGUAAGUCAGUUCCGAACUAAACAAAUAAAUAUUAUGUUUUUCAGCGAUGACGCGUUUGCAAAUCUGGCCGCCCGUCUAGCGAAGAAGGAGAAAGCGGAGAAGACGGCCGAUUCCCUUGUUGGCGACGACGAUCAAAAUCCGUUGGCACAGUUUGAUAUGCCCGAAAGACCGGUGGUGGAACCGAAUGUAGCCGGAGCAAAGUUCCAGAAUAUCGUUGAACUAGAGAAAAAAGAGAAGGCGCCUCCGGAUCAGCAUGCAGCUCACAAUGUCAAAAAUAGAAAAGAUAGGACUCCGCUCGGAAAGACAGCCAAAGAAAACUCGGUGGCGGAUGGAAGGUCGACGAACGGACAAGGAGAGUCGAGAAUAGAUGAGGCAAUAACGACGGAUAAGACACAGUCGGAGCCACGUGGUAAAUCGGCUCCGAAAGACGUGGAAAAGACGCAAGUGGGCACACUGGACGACGAUCUCAAUCAGACACAGUUACUAUCAGUGGUUAGACAAUAAUUUUUUGGUGGGAAUUAAAGUAAUCUUUCAGAGAGCUAAUAACGCUUCAUUUUCGACCAAGAACCGGAAAAAGGAGAAAUCCUAG